AAAUGAGAGGGGGGGGAGGAGGGAACUGAGCUGAGAGAAAUCUGUCAGAUUCAAACACACUGCUCUGUGUGUGUGAUAGAGAGAACGAGGGAUGAGAAGAGAGAAGGAGAGCUGAGGAACAGAUAGAAAGAGACAGCGGAGGACCACAAAGUGAGGCCUGUUCACCUAUGGAUCAGCAUUCAUACCAGAAACCCAGGGGAUUCCAUGGACGCAUCGAACCGACUGACAUCCCUGCCGAGUGCAGCCGAUCAACACUGAUGCUGAUGCGGUGCAUACAGCUGUAGAACAGCAAGGCCAAGGGGUCGGGGUGAAAGGUCACAGACUACAGAGCCAGAGCAGGCCCGUGCAGUUGAAAGGUUUGAGGAGGGGAGACUAAAGGAUACGAGAGGAAUCAGGGUUCAGGAAGAAAGGUCUCAGUGACAGACGAGGGUCAAGGUGUCAAAGAUGAUGACAUCACAUGGAAAGCUGAGGAGGGAGAAGGGGAGUCUGGCCGAGUAUGAAUCACAGAUGAAAGACCUGCGGGCCCAGCUGACAGACCAGAUAAAGAUCUUAGAUUCUCAGGUGGAGGUAAAACAGCAGCAGCUCUCAGACCUCUCCGAGUUUCUCCGGCGUCGAGGUGACAUUGAGGCCGAAUAUGCGCGCGCCCUCGACAAACUCACCGAGAGAUUCACCCACAAGACUAAGAAGAAGGAACAGUGGGGCCAGUCUGUGUGUCAGGUCUGGUCUGUUUUGCUUACUCAGACUCGUCUGGAGAGCCGGGAACAUGCAGCUUUGGGUGACACCUGCUGCAACACGCUCACACAGAGACUGGCACACAGCACAGAGGAUACACACCGUCUGCACAAACGGAGCAAAGAAGUUGGAAUCCAGAUGCAGGAUGAGUUGCUUAAGGUCACCACUGAACUCCAGACAGCUCUGAAGACAUAUAACCAGUACCACACAGACUGUCUGAUAGCUGAGGGGAAGCUGAAGGAAGCUGAGCGGUUGGAGGAGAGACAGACUGGCAAGUCAGCUGAGCUUGGCCCCGGCCAAUCAGGGGGGCAGAGGCGGAGUUCCGUCAAGAAGAUGGAGAGAUUAAUGGAGAAGGUGAGUGUGUGUUUGUGUCUGAGAGAGAAAGAGAGAACAGGUGACAGGAAUAAUGUAAUGACUGAAUUUAGCAUAGCAGCUGCUACAAUGCAGAAAUACUACCUGCAGGACGUGAGCACCCUCAUCGACUGUUGCGACCUCGGUUUCCAUCUGUCUGUGGAGAGGGUGAUGAGAUGCUACCUGGCCAGUAGGUGGCGCAUCCAGAAGACAGAGGAGACGGGGCUUAAGCAGCUGGAGGGAGCUGUGACAUCCCUGGACCAGGGUGGAGACAGAGAUGCAUUGCUACAGCAACACGACGCCGCCUUCUGCCUUCCAUUCAGAUUCAACUACCACCCACAUGAGGGAGACCAGGUGUGUGAGGUGAGUGCGGAGAGCCAGGUGAGGUACGAGCUGGAGACCAGGUUCCAGCAGCUUCAGUCCCGACUCGCUGCCGUUACCUUGGAAACCGAGGAGAUCAGUAAAACACUUAAAGCCACACUCACAGCCCUGCUGGACAGUAUGUGUGACAGCGACUGUAACCCCUCCCCCGACAUGCCCAGCAGCCUAUCACAUGAGCCCCCUGGAGGAAGUACCGCCCCAAAACUUACCCUUGCCAAGCGUCGAGCCAAUCAGCAGGAGACAGAGACUUACUAUUUGACAAAAGUGAAGGAGUUCCUCACCAGCAGUUCUCUGACCUCCAAACUUCAAGCCAAACAUGACCUUCUACAAGAUGCCAUACAGAAAGCUGAGGCCGUCGACAGUGACCCUUCCAGAAUGCAAUGUGCUCGGUCAGUGCGUGUUCGGAAGUCCAGACCUGUUUCCCAAUUCUGCCACACACUCUUCACCACAGACAUACUCUCCUACAUACAGAGCUCUGGGCAGCAGAUUCCUGUGGUGGUUGAAAGCUGCAUCCGUUUCAUAAACCUUCACGGCCUCCACCAUGAAGGAAUAUUCAGAGUUCCUGGGUCACAGAGGGAGGUUAACCUCAUCAGAGAUGCAUUUGAGAGAGGAGAGGAUCCUCUCUCAGACAGUGAGUGUGACCUGGACUCUGUGGCCGGCGUGUUGAAACUUUACUUCAGGGGCCUCGAGCCUCCUCUCUUCCCUUACGACAGCUACUCCCAGCUGCUGGAGUGUGUCCAAAUCGAGGGAGAGACAGAGAAAGCUGCCCAGAUUAAAGCAAUUGUCUCCACCUUCCCGCGGCCUCUCCUCAUCGUGAUGCGUUUCCUUUUUGCUUUCCUAAAUCAUGUGUCGCAGUACAGUGAUGAGAACAUGAUGCAGCCCUACAACUUGGCUGUUUGUUUCGGCCCUAGCCUGCUGAGGGGGUUGGAUUCUGAUGACGCUGUUGCUAGGCAGCCGCAGGUUAAUGACUUUGUCAAAACCAUGAUCCUUCAGCAUGACGUCAUCUUCCCCAGCCAAUCAGAACUGCCGGGCCCCGUCUACGAGAAGCAUAUGACUCUGGAACAGGAGUACUGUGAACCGAUUACAGAGGAAGGAGACGGAGAGGCCGAGCAUCUGCCCAGUGAGGACGAGCUGGAAGCAGUGGCUAUGUUUGACUACGUGGCGAGAUCUCCAGCAGAACUAUCAUUCAAGCAGGGAGAGCUUCUCAUCCUUCACAGCAAGGCGUCCUGUGAUUGGUGGAGAGGCGAAGUGGGAGGGGUUAAGGGUCUCAUCCCUCACAAGUACAUCAACGUGCUGGAAGGGUCAGAGCGAGGGAAAAGAGAAGAGGGAGGAGGAGGAGGAGGAGGAGGAGGAGGCAGCACUGGAAACCUGACAACAGAAGAUCCACAGACGGAGAACACAACUCGGAUGCGGGUGAACAGCGACAGUGCUUCGUUGCCUGGAAGACAGAGAGGGAGUGAGGGGAGCCCCAGUCGAAAGCCGCCAACCUCCCCUGCCAACCGACACCUGCCAGUGUCUCAGGAGAGAAGACACACUUUGGACACUGUGAGACAGGGCGGCUUCAGACCCACAGAUAGACCUCCAUUUGGUCAGGCAGACAGAACAACAGUUGACAAGGAGAUGAUCAGCCGUCAGAUGAACUCAGUGUUCAAGGAGCUCCUGUCACGCCAGCCUCCUGUCCAGCCGUCCGCCCUUGCCGCCCCUGCCACUGCUGCUCCCACUUCCUCCUCCUCCUCUUCCUCUCUUCCUCAAUCUGCCCCUGCUGCCAAAAAAGUAGGAUUCGGCCUCAGAGGACGGGCCCUUUUCAGACCAAUGGACUGAGUGAGAGGAGAGGAUGACUGGAAUCACUGAUUUAUUGUUUAAUGAUGAUGAUGAUGAUUACAAUGAUGAAGAUAAUGCAUUUGGCGAAGAACUUGAUUUAUUUUUUUGACACGUGUACAAUAUUUGCGUCUGCCAUCUCAUAGUGCCACUUGUCCCAGUGCCGUGUUACUGUACGUCCAGUGUGUCUGUUCUCCAGCUGGUUUUGGUCUUCUUGCGUUCUGGUUUGUUUCUGUUCCCUACGCUUUUGCAAUUUUUGGUGAAUCAGGGAUGUGACAUCACCAGUGAUAUCACCAGACUGACUUUUAAAAGUGGUUGCCAUGAUACUUACAUCAAAAACAACAAAAUAAUUAAGAUGCCCCCCUAGUGGCAGGUCUGAGAUCAGCCCUUCCUAUGUUUGCUUUAUUUUGAAUAACAAAACUGAUCUGGGGCCUGUGUCUAGGAGUGCCUUCACAUCUUAUUCUUAUCUUAUUCUUCUUAUUAUUCACAUUUAUUUCACUUGAAAAGACCUGAUAGGUUUAAAUUCUGCAUAUUAUUUUAAAAAUGUGAUCCAGAAAAACAUUUAUAGAACCCCAAAGUGUUCAAUAUUAAAUAAAUAAGACAUUAUGAAAUGAAGAAUGAUAUGAUUAAAUUGUAUAAAAUAUUUAUUGACCAAAAAAACUAUGAAAUAACUGAGGAAAUUGUUAAAAUUUAACCCAUUAUUAUCAAAUGUUAUUUCAUCAUUCAUUUAUGUAAUAACAAUUUUAUUUUAUAUAAUUUAUGUAAUUUAUGUUAUUAAAAAAAGCUUUCUAGUUCAAGAAGAGGCAGGGGCAAGUGUAUUCAAGUUGCAGGGGUUAUUUAUUUCAUAAUUAUUCAUUUAUUUAUGUAUUUAAUACUGAACACUGCGGUUCCAUAGAUGUUGGUUGAGGUAAGUAUUUAAUAGCAGCAUGCAGUGUUAGCAGACACACACACAAACACAGAGAGAGAGAGAGAGACAGAAAGAGAGAGAGAAAACACAAAUUCUCCUUCAUAUGUGAUUCAUGGCCUGAUUUACAGGCCAAAUCUCAGGGCUUUUGCAGAGUUAGAGAUGUGCUAACUCAGGUUCGGCCUUGAAGGAAUAAGUUUUUUCACUCAGGGCUUUGGUUAAGUCACUCUUCAACUGGAAACUGUGCCCUCACCUCAAGAGCCAAAAUGGCCCCUAUAUCAGAGAGGAUUAAAUGACUUCCUCUGGUUUAUACUGUGAAUGCAACAGCGAUGUUUUGGAGCCAUGAUCAAAACUCUUGUCUCAUUCUUCCACACAUUUUGGCCCCCCUGACUGUAUAUCUAGCAGCAUCCACUAAUCCCAUUCAAAUGUAUGUUUCGGGUUUUUUGCAGUGAGGUGUACAAUUCCUUUGACUCCAAAACCAUUUGAAUUGGUUUUACAUAUGGCAUCUCCCCUUUGUCAUGUUUCAGUAUUCGAAGUAGAAUAUUUUUUAAAAUAUUGAUUCUGCUUCUAUGAGUGUGUUUACAUGUGCAUUAGUAUCCUGGUUUGACCCUUAUCCUGUUUUUGAUUAUAUUCAGGAUACAGCAUUUGUGUGGAACAUGAAAAACCUGGGUUUUGAUAUCCCUUUAUACAUGAUCAUAACAGUAUCCAUGUUUCUGAUCGUAUGCCUGCAGGUGUGUCAUGAUUUCUAACCAGCUCAGCCACUACGAGAUGGUUCAGAAACAUGGAUAAAGUGUUUACAUGCCACAGUUUCCUGGUUUCUAUCGGAGUACUCCAGAUAGUAGAUAGUAUAUAUAGUAUAUACCGGUUUCUCAAAACCGUGAUAAGGUCUUAUCCAGGUUUCUGAAACCAGGAUAAGCUGUUUAAAUGUGCAAAACCUAACCAGGAUACUCCAAAAACCCGAUCUUAACCAGGAUACAUGUGUGCAUUUAAACGCAUGAUUAAAACACACUGUUAUUCUGGAUCACUGUUUGAUGAUGUCACCAAAUUUACUGUGUCCAAUUGUAUAUGUGGUAAAAAAAAUAUGAAUACAAUAAAGAUGAUAAA